AUGCUGGAGUUGGACGUCAUCGUGUGUUCGACGUCAGGCAAGCCUGUCUUCCGCCACAAAGUGUCCACCUCGACGACAACCUGUUCAUCUGAAGAAGAUGACGCUUCCACUAGUUCGUUCACCAGUUCGCUUCAAGGUCUCCUGUCCUUUGUAGUGUGCACGCAACACGAAGAGCUACUGGAGCUUCACGCUGCUGGCUGUCGCUGCGUGUUCCGAAGCGUUGACAACCUCACGUUUGCUGCUAUUGAGCAGGAUGUUCAGGAAGACAGUAGUGUCCACAACAGGAGGACACCAACCUUUGCGUCAGAAUGUCUGCAGCAUCUACUGCGCUUGCUACAGAGUCAGAUCCUCUUAGUGCUGAGCGACCGAGGACUCGAUGUGCUACAGAGACAACCAGGUUACGACUUGCGUGAGCUUCUCAAUGGAACAGACAGAGUCACAAGGUCGCUGACAGAGCUCUGGGCGGUGGCACCCACGCUGAGGUUUAAGGACUACGGCGUGCCUUUUGUUCGGCUGAAACCGGAGACACGACGAGAAGUCACAAGAGCUUUGGAAGUUGAAGCGGCCACGGAGGAUUCAACGUCGACAAUGAUCUGCGGACUAUUGCUUGCAAAGGAGCAGGUGGUGGCUACUGUACAGCCGAAUAAAAAGCAGUUCAGCAUGCUGGUCGAUGACCUGGUGCUACUGAUCAACUUUGUGUAUCACACGCCGUCACUAGCUCAGUCCGAGACGUGGACGCCAAUCUGCUUAUCAAACUUUAAUGCCCGAGGAUUUCUGUACGCGUAUGUGGUCUUUUUGACUACUGACGUGUGUUUGCUGCUGCUGAGUAGCCAGCAAUCUCCGGAACAAUUCCCAUACUUUCAAGCAAAGAAGGAGUUUGUACGGCAGCGUCUGGAGGACAUCGGUGCUAUGGAUGAUAUUAAGGCUUCAGUCAAGAACCAUUCCGAAUGGCAACCCCAUCGCGAUCUACCGCUGCUGCAACACUUUAUCUACAAAAAUGAGCUCACGGGUGAAUGCGCUGAGCCUAAGUUGACAUUUCCAUUUGAUAAUGAGGAUUUUGGCACUCGUUUAGAGCUGCUGAAUCAGUACGCCAAGGUACACCACUUGAUGUUCCCGGCACCGACAGAUCAUCAAGCUCGUGAAAGCCAAGUAUUGGGCAAACGGUUAGCAUCAUUACAAGAAGCUACUGCGGCACGUAUGGUGUAUGAGCGCAGUGACACGGGUCUCAUUGUAGGCAUGUGCAGUGCUGACUAUCGAUUGUUGGUGUGGUUCGAUUCUCUCGUGACCAUUUGUGAUGCUCGGGAACAAAUACAAGUGCUGCUUGAUCGACUUUGCCACGACGAAAAGCUCAUGUCUGUCGCUCUCUUCCUUUCCAGCAGCGGGUUUACCUCCGUCAGCUCGUUUGGGAUGUGGCCGUGA